GGCCACAGAGUGCCGGCCUCGUGGAAAGAACAAAUGGGACUAUAAAAAGUAGAUUAAGAAAAUGUAUGGAAACUACUCAUAGACCAUGGCCAGAAUGUCUAGAUUUGGUAAAGUUGUAUAUGAGAAUUACACCCACACAAGAGGGAGUAACACCAUUUGAAAUAAUACACAGAAGACCAUACAGACUGCCGAUAUUUUCAGCAGAUUUGCAGAAAGCAGAUGAGGAGCAGACACUAACAGAUUAUAUGGUCAGGACUUUGAAGCAGAAAGAGGUGUCAAAUGCAAAUUUACUGCCCUCUGACUCUCCCCUCUCACAGGACUUCACACCCAUCAAGCCAGGAGACUGGGUGUUUAUCAAAGUCAUCAAAAGAAAGAGCUGGGCCAGCCCACGGUGGGAGGGACCAUUCCAAGUCCUUCUAACUACUCCAACUGCUGUAAAGAUUGCUGAAAGAGAUGUAUCUUGCUGGAGCAAGAUACAUCUCAGUCACUGUAAGGUACAGAGAGUGUUAGACUUCUAGAUUUGAGUGAUGGGGAAGGACUACAAAGGGAAUUUACAAAUUUAGAGGUAAAUUGUCUCAAAGUCCGGGAAGAAAUCAACAGAUCCUCACUCUUUUAGCCUAGAAGUUUUGACAUCUCUGUAUUCUGAGCAGCAAUGAGGUCUUCACAAGCCAGGUGGAAUCCCUGCUGUGCUGUGACUGUAGCAUGUCUUUUGUCUUGGAGUGGGGGAUGUCUCGCCGUCAACAAGAUAAGGAGAGAAGCAGACACAUCCUCCCCCCAGACUCAUCCACAUGACUACAGCACCAACUUGUGGUGGCAAUUGAUGAACAGGACUGCAUAUGAGGGGAACGAGACCAACUGCUAUGAAGGUGGACUUUUUCAACUGUAAAGCCUGCCAAGACAAAAACCACGUCAGUACUGCCUGUUCCAUGAGAUGGAAAUCUGACCGCAACUGUACGAGAAUUAACCUUCUUAAGGUGAGACAGUUCGAUAUCAGCAGCGGAACCAGAGGACGUCAAAAUUCCACCAUCUGCAGCACCAUCGUUCCAGGGAACAGAGGAUCCAGGACAAUGGCAGACUGGUACUUUGUAUGUGGACAUACUGCUUAUGCUUCUCUUCCCAGGAAUUGGGGAGGACUGUGUGCGCUGGUUCCUCUCUCCAACCCAGUGACUUUCCUGAAAAAGGUCCAGGACACUCACAACAAUGGACACUACCGCACUAAGAGAGACAUCAUGCCAGAAGUCCAAAGGUGGGGAGGCCUUACUACAAAAACAGGAGUUCCUUGGAAAUUCAGGAUCUGGGGUGGCGGAGAGAAGUUUAUGCAAAGCCUAUUCCCAUGGGUGGGAGUAGGUGAAGUCCGAGACCAUGUUGAAAUCAACAGGUACGCUCUACUACGCCUCAUCAACAACACAUACCAGCUAGCCAACGGCACCGCAAAAGAACUGACUGCAUUGAGAAACAUGGUUUUGCAAAACCGUGUUGUGUUGGAUUUUCUCACAGCCUCUCAGGGAGGUGUCUGUAAGAUUAUAGGCUCCACGUGCUGUACGUUUAUCCCUGAUGAAUCGGGAACUGGUGGUACUAUACAUGACGCCCUGCAUGAAUUGGAAGAGCUUAAGAACUAUAUGGACAGUGCGACACAAGGGUCCCAGCCUUUUGAUUUUUUAUCUUGGCUCACCUCUGGACCCUGGUGGCAGUUUCUGUUAAAGAUUGGGACACCCAUCUUGACUGUAUUGAUUUUAUUUUGUCUGUUUACAACUUGUAUCAUUCCAUGUCUUCGUAGCAUGAUGUUAAAGACAUUCAACACUGCUUUGAUUAGCUAUCAAAUGGUCAGGAUAACUUCUGACACAGAUGAAGACCACAUACAGUUCCAAAAGAACGAGGAUGGACUGACAAUGGGAACAUAUGAUGAUGUUCUGUAAUCGAAUAAAAGAUUGAAUCAUUUGCUUUAUGAAUCCUGCACUGAAAAUGUGAAAACAAGUGGUGUAGUGAUGAAAACAAUGUGCAUUUGGUUUUUUUUGUUAUUUUCUUUACUGUCUUUCUUUUUUUUUUUUUAAUGGUCAUAAUUUUUUUUAAACAUUUGUAUUCUUUUUCCUAAUAGUAUUAGUAUGUGUACCCUGUUUUUGUUUAGCCCUAGCAUAGUUUUGUGUAACAAUGAUAAAAAUAAAAAGGGGGGAAUGUUAGGAUAAUUUUAUUAUCAUUGUUACAACUGUUGUAGUGUUACUUGGGUCAUCUAUAUGUUAAUUGAAAUAGGGGUGUGAGACAGAGUUGAGCUUACUUUAACACUACAAGUGUAAUCUUUGAUGGUGGUCUUUUGAGAGUUUCCCUUAGUCGUAAGACUGCGUCUGCUAUCUGUUAGAUCCUGGGGGCUCCUAAUCUUAUUAGCACCAGCCCCUUUUGUUCUUGUUUUAAUAAAAGACAAGUUCUACUGCAGAGCUUCAGAACACAUGGUGAACUGUUCUGAGGAGCAGCUCUCUGUGUCUUCUCCUUCUGCAGAAGCUUGGUUGAAAACUCAUAACGUUGUCUGUGGUUCUUUCUUUGUAUUUAGGUAAACUAAAAUACCUAACAAUGAUUCAUGGUUCAUGCUUUUGGUAAUUUUUUAGAGCUCCAAAAUAUGAUUAUAUAAAUGCUUUAUAUAUAUAUAGGGAAUGACAGAAUGUCUUUUUUUUUUUUUUUUUACCAGAUAUUGUGAUAGUUUCUGUAUUUGAACAAGUGUGAUUGAACACAGUUAUAUUAUAUAAUUAUAUGAUCAUUUUGCACACAGUAGAACACCAAACAUCUCUAUUUUGAGAGGAUAGAGAGAUGUUUGGUGUUCUGCCUACUUUAUACUUUUGAGGAAAACUAUUGGAUCUCUGGAGCGUUUCAGGGCUCUGGAGA